GUGUCGGGCCUGCCUACGAACGUUCCCUUCCUGAUCCGCCUGGCCAGCCACCCGGCCUUCGUGGCCGCGGGGGGCUCCGACCUGAAUACGGCAUUCAUCUCGAGAUACAAAGACGAGCUCAUGGCGCCGCAACACGUACCGCCAGAGGGCGCCGGGAACUUUUUGGUAAGAUGGAUGCUGCUGGUGCUGGUUGGGGUGCGGCUGGGCUGGCAUUUUAGUUUGCUAGGGGCCAGGGUACAGAGCGAGGCGGCCAUGGACCGCGGCGGCGCGGCUGCCGGCGAGAAUCCCCGCCACCACGCCGCCUCCGUCGCCACCGCCGCCACCGCCCCAUCGUCAAACCCCCCACCGGAGGUAUCGGUUCGUAACGCCCGACUUGUCAACAGCGACACGCUGACGGCGGAAAUCGGCGGGCGCAAGUGUACGGCACACGUGCUCAUGUACGACAGCGGCUCUGGUUGCGCCGCGGGUAUUCCUGUGGAGCAGGCGCUUGACAUGUGGUUGGACGGGGAGCACUACCAUUUCACGUGGUUGGAGCCCACCUGGAGUCGCAAGGCGGGCGCUGCGGGCGCAGCGGCUGCAGGUGGUGAUAGUGGUGGUGGGGGUGUUGGGGGUGCGGUACGUGCCCCCAUGCCGGGCCGUGUGGUGGCGGUGCUGGCGGCGGAGGGAGCGGCCGUCAAGGCAGGCAAGUCGUGUCGUACCGUGUCGUGUUUCGAUACCACGCCGGAUCAGAGCACCCCCCUGUUGGCGCUCGAGGCCAUGAAGAUGGAGCACAGCGUGGUGGCGCCUGUGGAUGGGGUGGUGCAGCAGUUGAUGGUGGGUCCAGGGAUGCAGGUGGCGCAGGGCCAGGUCAUGGCGGUGGUGGGGCCGGCGGCGACGGCGGUGGGCGCAGAGAAGACGAAGGAUGUGACGAAUAAGGAUAGCGAGGGGCAGGCGCCGGCACAGGCUGGGCAGGAGGACGGCAAGUAG